AUGAUGUUGCCUAAACGUUACACCUGUGGCUUGAUAAGCCUUUGUCUUAUGAUCAGAUGCACUGGUGGUAAUGAGAGGUGUGGGGCCUCCAUUAGAGGGGCGUGUCCUCCUGCUUGGAGCCAGUGGGGUGACAAAUGCUACAAGCAACUCAGCGAGAAUCUACCAUGGGCUGAGGCAAAACAGGAGUGCAUCAAGAUAGGAAGUGUCUUGGUCAUGCCACAGUCUCAGGAGGAAACUGAAUUCCUUCGGGAGAACCUAAGCAUCUGGUUUUGGAUCGACUGUAACGAUCUGGAAGGUUCGUGGGAGUGUCGGGAUGGUACUACCGAUGUGGUGUACACCGACUGGGGGCGGGGUGAACCUAACAACGGCCACAGAGAAGACUGUGCGGUGGUGACAGAUAGUGGCGUUUGGAAUGAUGUCAAAUGUGAGGAUCGCGCUCCCGUUAUCUGCAAACGCCCAGCACCACAGCUGCAAUUUUAA